AUGCCUAAACUACACCAUCUCUCAUGGGACUCAGACAAUGCCCUGGAUCUGUUUUCCAAUGGAGAAGUCAUUGAGGAGCAGACAGGAUUCUCAGAGACGAAACGUCAACUCCACAGAAGCACCGAGCCCUCUCUGUCUCCUGCAACGCUCAAGUCGGCUAAGAAAGACCCCCAAGAGAAAUUAGAAAGUUUCAAAGCCCUGGAGAACAAGAGGGUGAACUGUAGCUACAUCCUCUGCACCAUCCUCCUCUCUGUGGUGAUUCUCUUAGCCGUCACCGUCACCGCCGCCAUCCUCUUCAUGAACCACUACCACACCCCGGUCACCGAAUCCCCGCCCAUCAUCACCACCAAUCCGGACGACGCCAACGCUUUGGUCACCAUUGAGAAAGCCGACACUUCCCGCAUCAACAUCUUCAUUGACCCGAACUGUCCGAGCCAAGCCAACAGCUUCGUCCGCUUGGAGAGCCUGCAAACGUCCCUCCUGCGAGUCGUGACGGACCACGAGGCCGAGACCAAGUCCUCCGCGGGGCAGGACCGGGCCUUGCUGGUGGGCCUCUCGGACGAGGUCUCCAAGCUGCUCUCUCACACCACCCAGCUCCGGACGGACUGUGAGAAUUUGAAGAAGGGCCACGGCGCCCUCGGGCAGGAGCUGAGCGCCCUCCAGAACGAGCAAGGGCGCCUCAUACAGCUGCUUUCCGAAAGCCAGACGCACAUCGCGCGGUUGGUGAGCUCCGUCAGCGACAUUCUGGACACGCUACAAAAGGAGCGGAGCCUCGCCCGGCCACGGAUGAAGGCGGACCUCCAGCGGAUCCCGUCUCGGGGCCCACGGCCCAAAGGAUGUCCGAACGGCUCGAGGCCUCGGGAUUGCUUUGACGUCUAUGCCGGUGGACAACAAGGGGACGGGGUCUUCUCCAUCUUCCCCACUCACUACCCGGAGGGGUUCCAGGUUUACUGUGACAUGACCACAGAUGGUGGAGGAUGGACGGUCUUUCAGAGGCGUGAGGACGGCUCCGUGAAUUUCUUCCGUGGCUGGGAAGCUUACAAAGAUGGAUUCGGAAAACUCACAGGAGAACACUGGCUGGGUCUGAAGCGAAUCCAUGCUCUCAGCACGCAAGGAAACUAUGAAUUGCGCAUCGACCUGGAGGAUUUCGAUAAUGGCACGGCCUACGCCCAUUACGGGAUGUUUGCGGUCGGCCUGUUUUCCGUGGACCCGGAGGAAGAUGGCUACCCCAUCACCAUUGCUGACUAUUCUGGAACAGCAGGAGACUCUCUCUUGAAACACAACGGCAUGAAAUUCACCACCAAAGACCUGGACAACGACCAUUCGGAAAAUAACUGCGCCGCCUUUUACCACGGCGCUUGGUGGUAUCGCAACUGCCACACCUCCAACCUGAACGGUCAGUACCUCAAGGGCCACCACAGCUCCUAUGCAGACGGCAUCGAGUGGUCCUCCUGGACAGGUUGGCAAUAUUCUCUCAAGUUCACCGAAAUGAAGAUUCGGCCGGUCAGAGAUGAAAACUAG